AUGACUAAUUGGCUCCACAACCCCAAGAAUCAUAAAGAAUCCAAGCGGGUGGCCAACUUCAUCGAGCUCUUCAAAGAGAAGACCAACCUCAGCUCGGAUGAUAUUGACUGGUUGUUCCUCUCGCGCCGGGUUUUGCCGCUCCAGCGCCGCGCUCACAAGAUGAGCAAAAUGUCGGGUCAAAGGGACCCAACCCGGAUGACCACUUUCUCGCUGAGCCCCAAGGACUUGAUCCUGAAGGCCAAGAAAAUCUGCCGGAAUACCCUGUGGCCGGACGGGAAAUAUGGGCGGAAACCUUACAGUUGCAAUGAUCCUCCGCCCCGAGAUAACUUCUCCCGGAUCGUUAGGGAGGAGCUGCCCCGGUACGCCCCCAAGCGCCAGUUUCCGGACGACGCCGACCCGGAUCCUUACGUAAGGGGACCGCAUCAGAUGGGGCCAACACAGUCUCGGCGCCCCGCAUCCCACUCAGCUGCUACGAACGCUCAGGUUCAUGAACAUGUCGCCCCCCUGGCCGCUGAGGUUCGCCAGGAGUUUCUGGAUACUUUGGCCCAGGGAGGCCAGGCUCCCAAGCACCGGAAGAACAAGGCUCCGGCUGAGAAUGCCGGUCCUAGCAGGGCUCCGCCCACGAAGCGCCAGAAAAAAGGCAGCCUCGGCCCUUACGGCAGGAAGCGCCGACAUGAAAUGCCUACCGCUGCCGGACCUCCAUUGGUUAUUACCAGGAGCGCUCCUGGCAUACCGCUGGAAGCUUCCGAGGAUCCCGCCAGGACCUCUCCUCCUCCUCGAUCAAGUUCGGCACGCUCUGGUGCUGGCAAAGCACCAUCCUCCCUUCGCGGGGGUAACACAAAUUCGGGGUGCGCGGCCCCUAACUCGCCAGAUCACCGCGCGGAGGAGAAUUUUGUCUCUCCUCCAGAGUAUCAAGACACCGGCGCCAGCGACAUGGGCGCCGACAUCGAAUAUGCCGGGUGGUCGGAACCUCCGGUUCCGCCCGUCCAAAAGACCAAGAAGAAGACGAAGAAGACCACUUCUUCCCCCUCCAAACCUCUGCCGAAAACCUCCGCUCCAGCAGCUCCUUCGCCGGUAAAGGAUACUCCUGCACCCCCACCGGCAAAGGAUGCUCCCGCGCCUCCACCAACAAGGGACGCUCCUGCGCCGCCACGAGCAAAGGAUGCUCCUGCGCCUCCGCUGGCAUCUCCGGCCGGCACAAUCAUUGAUAACCCACAAGUAUAG